AUGAGUGACAACCCUAGAGGUCGUGGACGUGGUGAUCGGGGACGUGGGGAUCGUGGUCGUGGUGAUCGUGGCCGCGGUGAUCGUGGCCGCGGUCGCGGUGACUUACCCUUACGCCCCGCUGGCAGAGGAGACGGAGAUCGUGGAGGUUUCCGCGGGGACUUUCGUGGCCGCGGUGACAGAGGUCGUGGUGACUUCCGUGGCCGUGGAGAUUUUCGUGGUCGUGGCAGAGGAGAUGGUGGACGCGGCCGUGGAGGACGCGGUGGAGUUAUGAACCACGGCCCGCCCAUCUUCAGACAAGACGAGCCUAUUCCUCCACCUAGCCCCACCGUUACUAAGACCGAGGAUAAUAUCGCCAAAGCCCUCGCUAUCAACGGUGCAAAGGCCCCCAGGCAAGCCAAAUAUCCUGAGCGUCCUGGUUACGGCACUGUUGGCAGACCGGUGAUUCUAUAUGCCAACUACCUACCCUUAAGCCUGCCUAACAAGCAGCUGUUCCGUUAUCAUAUUACGAUCGCGGCUGAUGCUGCGGGCCGGACUGCACCGGUGGGCAAAAAGGCCCGGCAGAUUGUGUGUCUGUUGUUGGACGAGCACUUCCCCCAGCAGAAGAGCAGUAUCGCGUCUGACUUCCGUUCCACGCUGGUGUCAGGUGUCAAGCUGACGGAGGGCACCUACGAUGUGCGAUACAAGGAGAAUCUGCUGGAUGACUACCCUGAAGCUCCCCGCGUGCAUCAAGUCACUGUGCAGUACACCGGUCAGGUCAAUCCGGUUGAUUUGCUGAACUACUUGACUUCCACCAAUGCCGGUGCGAUCCUGGACUCCAAGUCUGAGAUCGUUGCUGCUCUUAACAUGAUCAUGGGACACCACCCUAAGACUGACGAUAGUGUUGUCUCUGUCGGAGCCAACAGACACUAUAGUCACCGGCCAGGUAUCCAGGAGUCAUACAACCUUGGUGGUGGUCUUUCCGUCCUCCGUGGAUUCUUCGUCAGUGUGCGUGCUGCCACAGCUCGCGUCCUCUUGAACGUGCAGGUCAAGUACAUCGCCUGCUACGAUGAAGGACCUUUAGCCAAUGUGAUCCAAAGCUACGGCGGCCGAAACACCUACCGUCUGGAAAAGUUCCUUAAGAGCAUCCGGGUCCGUAUCACGCACAUUGCCCGGAAGAACAGCCGCGGUGAAGCCCGCCCUCGUAUUAAGCCUAUCCAUGGGCUUGCCAACCGCGGUGACGGUGGUAAAUCACCCAACGCACCUAAGGUUGCUCGUCAUGGUGCCGGUCCUGCCGAGGUGGAGUUCUUCCUUGUCGAAGCUGGCCCUAAGCCUGGCACUCCUGGUGCUACGCCUAAGCCCAAGGGAAAGAAAGCACCCAAGGCUGGUCCUGCUGAAGCUGGACGCUGGAUUUCCGUUGAAGCAUUCUUCAAGAAGGAGUACAACCUCUCUCUGAAUCGAGAUCUACCUGUGGUCAAUGUCGGAUCUCGCGAGAAGCCUGUCUAUCUUCCCGUUGAAGUCUGCGAGGUCGAGCCCGGUCAACCAGCCAAGUCAAAGCUGUCCGGUGAUCAGACUGCCCAGAUGCUUCGCUUCGCCGUGAUGGGUCGUAAACCAGGCCAGAAUGCACACUCCAUCGUUACUAAAGGUGUAGGCGUUUUAGGACUGGAGCCUCAGUGCUCUACCUUGUCCGCCUUCGGUAUCAGCUCCUCUACAGAGCUCAUCACCGUUCCUGGUCGCGUUCUCCCCGCACCAAGCGUCUUCUACAAGAACGGCAAGCAAACCAAGGAAGUCCGAACCAUGGCUGGCAGCUGGAACAUGAAACAGAUUCAAUUCUCCCAGGCCAAGCAAAUGAAGACCUGGACCUAUCUCUACGUUGUCAGCGAAAGCAGCCGCCCAGUCUUCAACGCUCCUGAGGAACUUGAGACAUCUAUUCGGGGCUUCCGCAAAACCCUCAUAGAUAUGGGGAUGGCAGUCGACGUCCACAAACGCGGCAAGCGCGUAACCCUCACAGGACGCAACGACGCAGCCGACAUCGAAAACGCCGUCCUCGAUCUGCAAAAGGCAUAUAACCCAGUGUUUAUCCUGGGAAUACUCUACGCAAAGGACACAGCCAUCUACAACUGCAUCAAGCAGGUCUGUGACGUCCGAUGCGGUAUCCGCAACGUAAACGUACUGGCCGAAAAGCUCCGCGGCUCCAACGACCAGUACAACGCGAAUGUGGGCCUGAAAAUUAACCUUAAACUUGGCGGUGCAAACCAAAGCCUCCGCACCUCCGACCUCGGCAUCAUCUCCGAAGGCAAAACAAUGCUAGUCGGCAUAGACGUCACCCACCCGUCCCCAGGCUCGGCUGCCACGGCACCCAGCGUGGCGGGUAUCGUGGCCUCAGUCGACUCAACGCUAGCGCAAUGGCCAGCCGAAAUCCGCGUCCAAGGCGCUCGCCAGGAAAUGGUUGCGGACCUGGAAACCCUCCUAGCAUCCCGUCUCCAACACUGGGCCAAAUGCAACAAGAAGGCUCUCCCCGAGAACAUCAUCGUCUACCGCGACGGCGUCUCAGAAGGCCAAUACAACAAAGUCAUCGACGAGGAACUGCCCCUCCUCCAAGCCGCCUGCAAAAAGACCUACCCAGCCACGCAAAUAGCAAAGGGCCUGCCACGCCUGUCAAUCGUCAUUGUCGGCAAACGCCACAACACCCGGUUCUACCCAACAACCGAGCAAGACUCGAACCGCGAGAACCCAAUCCCAGGAACAGUCGUCGACCGCGGCGUCUCCGAAGCCCGCGACUGGGACUUUUUCCUACAAGCCCACUCCGCGCUCCAAGGGACAGCUCGGCCAGCUCACUACUUCACUGUCUGGGAUGAGAUUUUCUAUCCGCGUCAUCCUGCCAACUCGGGUGGUCCCGGUGCGGCGGAUGUGUUGCAGGAUUUGACACAUAAGAUGUGUUAUAUGUUUGGACGGGCGACGAAGGCUGUUUCUGUCUGUCCACCGGCUUAUUAUGCUGACCUUGUCUGUGCCCGGGCUAGGUGUUUCCUUUCGGAUCUGUUUGAUCCUACGCCUGUUGAUGCUACUGGUGGGAGUGUCAGUGGUGCUACUGAGGGGACAGCUGAUCUGGCUAGGAUGGUUGAUGUUGUCAUCCACCCUAAUAUUGCAGAUACUAUGUUUUACAUUUAG